AUGGCUUUGGCUUUAGAAGGAGUGGACAUAUGGGUAAAGUUGGUCGAGCUUCGAAUAAAUUAUUGUGUUCCACCCUACGUGGGUUUGAGGUUACCCACUGCAUAUGAUGUGGUUAGAUACCCUCCAGAGGGCUCGGUGAUGAUUUUCACGGAUAUGUAUCAACAUAGCUUCAGACUACCGUUUCAUCCUUGGGCGCAGAUGAUGUUAGCCAAGCUGAGGUAUGCGUCGGGGCAAUAUAAUCCCAACUUCUGGCUGCUUCUGCAUGGGGUGUACAUUGCUUGGUGGUUGGCUGGGUUGGGAGAGCCAACAUUUGAGCAGUUCAUGUACUUGUACUCAAUUUCAAAGCAACAGGGGACCUUUGGCUGGGUACAAGCUAAUUGCCGAAAGGCAAAAGAGAGAGUUGCAGGUAUUAUAAAGGGAAGCACGAAGGUGGCUGUGGAUUACACUGACGCUGAGAUGCAGCAGCGAGUGAGGGAGUCUCGGGCCAAGAAGGCGGAGAAGGGUGGUGCCCAGCGGGUGACUGGGAAGCGCCCUAGAGAUGGUUGA